AUGUAUGGUAUAUUAUUUGAAAUUCUACGAAAUUAUGUUGAUGAGACAUUCGGUCCAUCAACAUGGGAGGCUGCUGUACAAAUAGUCAACGGACAACAACUGGAAAUAGAAACUAAUCGGAACUAUUCUACACGAUUACUAACACGAAUAAUCAGUACAUUAUGUGAGUUUAUUGGUCUACCUGAAGAAGAUAUUUAUUACGAAUUCGGUAUUAAAUCUGUCGAUUAUCUGAGUAAUAAUGGUUUCCAGAGUUUAUUACAAGUACUGGGUAAAAAUUACAUUGACUUCUUACAUAAUGUUAAUGAAAUGCACGAGUAUUUACAUUAUUCCUAUCCAAAAAUUAAACCGCCUAAUAUACAAGUCACUUCAAUCAAUCACAAUGUCAUCACUUUGGUCUAUUCUUCCGUACGUGAAGAAUUUGCGCAUUAUCUGAGAAGUCAACUAAUAUAUAUUGCAAAAUUGUAUUUUCAAUUGGAUGUUAGUGCAAAAUUAGUUGAUAAAAGGAAGCAAGCAGCUUCACACAUAUACACAUUUAAGCUAUACAAUAAAGGUUUAUCAUGGAUUGAAUUAUUAGAGAAAGAUAAUCAACUCAAUAAGUAUAUAUCUCUAUUGGAUUUAACAGUCUCAUUACCAGAGAAGGAAUUUUUAGGCAUACUACCUUUUCAUUUGGUACUGACCAAGGAUAUGACAAUCAAACGUGUAGGUAAGGGAUUUUCAUGUUUAAGAAAUGAUAUAUCGGGAAAGGAGUUUGUAACAUGCUUUCUAAUUUCAAAGCCGAAAACAAAUCCAAAUUUCGAUGAGAUAUAUUUAAACAGGUUCAGCACUUUUGAAAUAAUUCUCUUGAACAAACCUUCGUCAAAAAGUAGAUCUUCUAAAAAUGCUUCGAAAGUUGAUGAGAAUUGCCGCUUCAAAGGAGCAAUGAUCUAUGUUGAAGAAUGGUUAAUGCUGUUAUUCAUAGGCACACCUGUAAUUAGAGACACGAAACAAUUAUACGAGAAAAAACUACGGAUUUCUGAUCUGAAUACAUUCGACAGCAGCCGUGAUAUAAUAAUUCAAGGAAAUCAACAGUCUGACGAAGUUAUGAAACUUUACGAAAAACAACGUCACAAGGCUAAACAAAUGGAGAAGAGUAUGAUGCAAUUAGAAAAGAUUAGGAAAGUUACUGAUGAAUUGUUGUAUCAAUGUAUUCCUAGUACGGUGGCCAGGAAAAUUAGAAACGGCACUCCAGCGAUCGAUACAAUUCAGACAUUUGAUGAAGUGACAAUAUGUUUUACGAAAGUGGUGAACUUCGCUGCAAAAUGUAUGCACAUAGGUGUUGAACAAGUAAUAGAGUUGUUGAACAGAAUGUAUUCUUUCUACGAUGCUUUGACUGAAAAUCAUAAAGUCUACAAGGUUGAAACAGUCAAUGACAGUUAUAUGUUGGUUUCUGGAGCACCACACAGGACCCCAUUACAUGCUGCACACAUAGUCGACACAGCACUAGAAAUCAUAGAAGUAACUCUACUCAGUCUUUACUGGCCAGAGUCAACUGAAAAUAUCCCAGCUAAUAAUAAGAAUAAAACUGUUUAUACGGAUGAAAACUUACAUCUUUACAUUGGAUGUCAUACUGGUCCAAUUGUUGCUGGUGUAGUCGGUUAUAAAACACCACGAUAUUGUUUAUUUGGUGAUACAGUGAAUACUUCAAGUAGAAUGAUGAGUCAUGGUUCACCAGACAAAGUGCAUAUUAGCGAAUCUUGUGCUCAGUCUUUAUCACCUUAUCCAUAUGAAACAGAAUGUCGAGGAGAAAUUCCAAUCAAGGGUAAAGGGAACAUGAAGACAUACUUCGUCACAGGUCGGAAACCAGAAUUCGUCUUCCAAGACACGACUGAUGGAGGCAGUCGCAAUUUUGCUGAAGUUCUCAAAGAAGACAUGCUCAAAGACGAUGAUAUACCAUCGGAAAAUUCGGAUGACUCUGCGAAAUUCUCCAUCAAUUUGUCCGACGCAAGUGGGACUACCGAGGAAGAGUCUCCUCCUGCAUCUCCGAAGGAUGAUAGAGAACUAGAAGUGAAUGAGAAGAUAUCUGAGAAAAAAGACAGAAAAUCCAGUAAAGGUGGGAGUAGACGUUCAAGUAAAAGCGGUCAGAAACGCCGUCAAUCUCAGCCACUCUCUAAUACAACUUCACCAACGAACGAGAAUCCUGAUGCCGAGAACCAACAAAGCAGCUCAGGUUUUGUGAACAACCAAAACACAACUGAAGUCCUAAAUGAAGCUGCACGGCGUCUAGUCGAAACGAAAAUAAAAGAUGUAAAGAAUGAACAGAAGAAGAAACAGGAUAUUACAUUCAGUCUUGAUAAUCCCAAGGAAAUCUUAAAAGAGGCUCCCAGCGAAGCGGAUUUGCAAGCAGUGGACAACAAUGUUGACGAAGCUACUUUGUUCAAAUCGAAACCAAAGGCACCUGAACGUUCUAGAUUAAUUAAACUCAAUCCAGCAAACAAAGUCUCCAGUGUUUCUGUCUCCAGCAAACCCAUCCAACCUACUCCUGAUAAAGUUGCUGUGAACAAUGUGAGUUCGGAUGUUACUGAGAGUGCACAAAAUGAUGAUAACGAUGAAGUUACUCAAGAGACUGGCAAUCAGGAAGACACCGUCCAACAAUACCGUGAAAUGGUGAAACAGGGCCGUUUUGAUCCAGUACCAGAUUUGCCAUUCUGUUCACCUCAGGCAGCUAUAUUCAAAGAUUUAGUUAUGUAA